AUGACGAACUCGUCAUCCGAAGCGCUUGCAGCGCUCCAGCAGCUUGAGGAGCAGGGGGAUUUGAAGAAGCGCCUUACGAUUGUUCGCAUCAGCGAGUCAAUCUCCGCGGAAGUGGGGGGAUCAUACCCUUCUCCUUCAAAAAGAACCUCCGACGUUUCAUUCUCAAAUUUCGAUGACCCAACUCCUGCCUCGUUAGAAGCUGAUCUUUCACAUUACAAGGAACUAUUUGCUAAACUGCGAUUCUCCUAUCUCGAGCAAGUCACGAAAGAGAAAUUCUUGCGCUCGAUUGUUGGCGAUCCGCCGGUGAUUGUCGGACACAAUGAGAACAUGGAAUUGGAGACGCAACUGGCGGACGUGAAAGCCGAGCUCAAGGCGCGAAAGGAAGAUGCCCGGAUCAUGAUCGAGGAGAUGGAGCAAAUGGGCCGUGAUUUGGCAAGCCGUUACAAGAAUGUCGAGCUUCAAACAACGCAGCUUUCGACAUUGCCAGCUUCGAUCGAAAACCUCGAAUCUACAAUCGCCACUCUCCGCGCCAAGCAGGUCGCCAAUAUGGAUCCUUCCGAUCCUAACAACAUGUUAUCGUCGCGAAACCUUCCUCUUCCUGCGACCUUGGCGCUAUUGGCGGAACGCGAGGCGGAAUUGGCAUCAUUGAACCGUCAGCUUGCUGCUGUCAAAAACACAUUGCCCCGAAAGAGCCGAGAGGCUGAGGCGAUAGAAAGAGAGUGCAGUGUGCUUGAGCGACGGAAGUCAGAUGCCAUCAUGCAAGCGCGUGAAGCACAGCGCAAGAAGCAACAGGGCGAGAGUGAUGGACUAGAAGAAAUGGGACGUUGGUACAGGGGAGCGGAAGAAACCCUGAAGGAUUUGGUGGGGACCAAAGCCUGA